AGCCCAUCGCGUAUCGUGGACUAUGCAUUUUCUUUUCCUCGUAUCGAGCUCAUCAAUUUGUGAUACGUACACAUGGUUGAUAAAAAUAUUUAAGUUAUCGCACUGAUCGUUCACAAUAACCGUAAAAAAACGUAGAAAGUAAUCAUGUAUGGCUGUGAUAUUUGAUAAGUUGUACUAAAGUGAUAGUGCAGUUUUGGAGGUAAAAUGCCCGCUUCCAUUUGUGACACAGUAUCUAGCGCAUUGCGUUUAUCUCUUGCUGAAGACUCUCAGAGCUCGUCCUUGCUGGAUAGCAGAUUGUAUUCCUCUGCUAAAAGUGUGCUUUUAUCAAAGAUAGAGUUUGUAGAAUCUGGUGAUUAUCAAAGCAAUGUACUAGAUGGUUUGAAAUCAAAGUAUGUCGUUAUCCGUUCUAAAAAACCUGUGCUUGAGAAUAAAUUGCUGAAAAAGGACAUCUCGUCGGACAAUCAAUCAGCAGCCAAUAAAAAUCGUGAGGAUGGCUUACCAAAGCCUAAGCGAGUUUUCUUUCCUGUUGAGAAAGUCCAGUUGGGAUGGCAGGGAACAUGGAGUGCAGGGUCAGGCAUGCAAAAUGUAGGCAAUACAUGCUACCUUAACUCUACUCUGCAAGCUCUGUUCCAUGUGCCAGCCUUUGCAAAUUGGCUGGUUACAGAAUCAACACAUGCAGAAAAAUGUAAUCAACAAGAAGCAUGUGUUAUUUGUGGUAUGAGGGCAACAUUGAUGGCUACUCAGAAGAGUGGUGGAGCACCAAUUAAACCUUGGCAGGUUUACUCAAAGCUACGCCUCAUAUGCAGGCACUUGACUCCAGGAAGACAAGAGGAUGCACAUGAGUUUCUUAGGUAUUUGGUAGAGGCGAUGGAGAAAUGUUAUUUAACAAGAUUUGUAAACUCUGAUAAAUUAGAUCAAUAUAGUAAAGAAACAACUCCGUUAAAUCAGAUUUUGGGUGGUUACCUGCGAUCUACUGUGAGAUGCUUGGCUUGCCAUCACUUGUCCACUACAUACCAACACUUCCAGGAUUUACUAUUAGAUAUAAGGAAGCAUUCAACUUUAGAUGAAGCUUUAGAUUCAUUUUUUUCUCGAGAAAGAUUAGAAGAUUUAGGAUAUAAGUGUGAAGCUUGUAAUAAAAAGGUAUCUGCAACUAAACAAUUCUUUGUUGAGCGAGCACCUAUGGUACUCUGCAUUGCAUUGAAAAGGUUCUCGUUGGCGGGCGGAAAGCUAUCAAAGCAUGUACAAUUCCGCAAAAAAAUAAAUCUUAGCAAAUAUAUAUACAAUAAAAAUAAUCCACAACAAUUGACAUACAAAUUGGUGAGUUUAGUAACUCAUCUUGGACCAUCACAGAAUUGUGGACACUACACGGCGAUAGGACAAGCUCCUAAUAGUAAUUACUACCAAUUUGAUGACAGCUGUGUGCGGCCACUUCCUUUAUCAGCUGUCUUGGGCACAAAUUCAUAUAUCAUGUUCUUUGAAAAAGACAACACAACUGAUGAUAUUAUCAAUCAGCCAACUGCCUCUACCUCCAGUGUUGUCUAUGGCCCACAAUUACCCGACAACAUUGUCAAUAGAGAAAAGAGUCCCCUUAAAAUAACAUUUUACCGCAAUGAUGACAAGAAACCAAUCAUUCUGAACAGCACCACAACAGAGUCCACAAAAUCUGAACCAAAACCUAUAAUAUUAAACACAACAUUAAGUAAAUCUUUGGAAUCCAGUUCAAAUUCUGAACCUUGGGUUGUAAAACAAAAUGGAGAAGUGGAAAAAGUCGUACAGUAUCCUAAAAUACUGAACGGUGUCGAUAAGUCCAAUCACAAAGUUGAUGAAGAUAAGAAAAUAAACUUUGUUUUUAAGAAGCAAGUUGACGACUGUCCGCUAAAGGCUAAGCUUUCAAAGAGCGAUUCAGAUAUUCGAUCACUGACACUAAAUAAUACUAAAGUACCUGAGAAAUCUGCGUCAACGAGUAAACUGGUGAAGCCACCAAAAUCUCCUCUUGAAAAACUCGAGGAACAGAUGAAUAAGAGUGAUUCUUCCAACCAUAUAAGUAGAAAUGGAAAUUCCAACUCUAAACUGGUGCCUUACGAUUCAGAAUCGAGUAGCGACGAGCGCGUUGAGAGAUCCUCUGAUGAUAAAGUAAAGGGGGAUGUUAAAGCAGCGGUCAGUUUAAGGCCAAAGCCGAGCCGAUGUGAUUCUCCUCAAGGACUUGUGGUCACUACAAAAGGAACGCAGCACAAAUGGACCGUGUCAAAAGAAAAAAGUGGACCUUUAUUGAGUCCUAGUUUGAAUGGAGUAACAAAUAAAAAUAAUCAACCUUCCAGGGUACAAGAGAAAGAAGAGCCUCGCGGUGAGAACGAACAGAGUCCCAACACGAGCGUCAGUAGCAUGUCACCACUGAGUGACAGGAGCGAGGCGGGCACUGCCCCCGCUGGCGCUGCGCCCCCGCCCCCGGCCACUGCUACGCCCCCGGCACCGCAGGGCUCCGGUAUCGAGACAGCUCGCCACCUUCAUGGCCUGUCGCACAGGGGCUACGGAGCACCUGUCACCACCUGGAACGGAACCCACAGCAACCUCUCGCGACAGGUGUUUGAGGAGCGCCGCGAGGAACGAAAGCGCGCACUUGAGGCGACGGACGAGAUGGACCGCGGCCGCAGCAAGAAGAUCAAGAAGUUCCAUCACUACAACAACUUCAACAACAACAGGAACGGAUACAAUCCAUUCCAGGAGAAGCAAAACAAGCCGCAUUGGAGUGGAGGUAACUUCAAGUACAGGAGUGACCAGCGGCGGCCGGCGCAUCACUUCAACAAGCACUACAAUCAUAAAUACAAGCGAUUUAACAGAUACAACAGCAACGGUCAUCAUUAUAAUAGACAUUGACCCACGGUUAGUGUUUUUUCCGCUCUCAGUGAUACAGAAACCAGACACUAUCCUUAUAUAUUUAAAUAUAAAAGUAACCAUAUUAUAUACUCUGUGACCGCAGUCCAUUAGCCAAUAUCUCGUUUUAGUCGCGAAAAUUAUAUUUACUGCCAAUAACCAGCCUUUGAAGUUUUUGAAAUGUUAAAUAAUAUAUGUAAGGAAUAUUGUAGGUAGAAAAACGAACGUCACUUGUGAAUAUCUCGAUUCAAAAUGGUUUUGAUUAUAUUUAAACUUGCUACAUAAUAUAAAAAUUAAAUAAACUUGAUAAAGGAAAUGAUUGGACAUGUUUCCAUGUAUUAAAUAGGUUUGACAUUAAAAAAAAUAAUCAUUUAACUAAUGAGCUGUUACGUACGAAUCCGGGGCAAAUUGUUAGUUUCUGUGUAAAUUGUGAUUUGAUAUAUUUUAUCUGCAACUUGCAUGCAUACAAUAUUUGUGCCACCAAUAAUUCCAAUUGAAUAUACAGUCGAACCUGGAUAAGCGAGAGUCCUAUGGACCGUAAUAUUUCUCUCGCUUAUAGAGGUUUCUCGCUUUUUUCGGUUCGAUUGUAUAAACUAAUAUGUAACUUCCAAUAUGCUUUUAUUUAUAUAAAUAAACUUUACUAUAUUUAUAUACAGAAGACUAGAUUGUUUAGUCUAAAAGCUGUGAGAUCUUUUUUUUUGUUUUGCAGAACGGUGGUGAAGUUUUUGUUUUAGUUAAAAGCAAGUAGUAUUAGUUAUGCACUGUUUUAUUCGUGCGAUGAAAUUUAGAAUAUAAUAUUGUAAAUAUUGCAGCCUUAUAAGCCUGUAACUGUAAAUAUUAUUGAUGUUUCGUUACUGCCAGUUUUCACUAUCGAAACAUGUUGUUAUCUCUCUUGUUCUAUUUGAAAAAAAAUGGAGAUAACAAUGUUUUUGUACGGAAAGUGAUAAAAAAAAAAUGCGGUAACGAGUAAACAAGUAACAUUCGAUGAAGCAAUAUUUGAUUUAAUACAAAAGCGUACAGCUUUUAAGCAUGUAUGUAAGAUUUUAGAUGUUUGCGAAUAUAUAACAUUUAUAUAUGUUUCGCACAUAACUAUGUACAGUCGGACCUUGAUAAGCGAGAGUCGAGGGACCGCGGUUUUCUCCUGAGUUUUUCGCUUAUAGAGGUCGGUGUCUGUAUAGGACAAUGACUCUCGCUUAUAGAGGUUUCUCGCUUAUCCAGGU